GCUCUUUCCGCCGCGGGAGCUGCCCCGCCCCCGGUGCUGCUGCCCGGCUUCCUUCCUUCCUUCUCCCUUCCUUCCGCCGUGUUCCACCAGGCUCCGUUCUCCCGGGCGGCGGGGCAGGAGGUGCUGCUGCCAUGUCUCUGCUCUGCUACAACCGGGGCUGCGGGCAGCGCUUCGACCCCGAGAACAACACGGAGGGUUCAUGCACAUACCAUCCAGGUGUGCCCGUUUUUCAUGAUGCUCUCAAAGGUUGGUCAUGUUGUAAGAGGAGAACAACAGACUUUUCUGACUUCUUAAGCAUUGUGGGCUGUACAAAGGGUUUCCAUAACAGCGAGAAACCUCCUGAGCCUGUUAAACCAGAAGUCAAAACUACCUCUGAACGAAAGGAGCUAGCUGAACUGAAACCCAAAUUUCAAGAACACAUAAUUCAAGCACCAAAACCAUUGGAAACAAUUAAGAGACCAAGCCCAGAUGAGCCAAUGACAAAUUUGCAGCUGAAAGUGUCAGCUUCCUUGAAACAAGCUCUCGAUAAACUGAAACUGUCAUCAGAAAAUGAAGGCAGAAAAGAGGAGGAUAGCGAUGAAAUCAAGAUUGGGACGGCAUGUAAAAAUGCAGGCUGUUCAAAAACAUACGAAGGACCACACAGCACAGAGGAAGUAUGUAUAUACCAUUCUGGUGUACCUAUAUUCCAUGAAGGGAUGAAGUAUUGGAGCUGUUGUAAAAGAAAAACUUCUGACUUCAAUACAUUUUUAGCUCAAGAAGGCUGCACAAGAGGAACACACUUAUGGACUAAAAAGGAUGCAGGUACAAAAGUAGUUCCAUGCAGGCAUGAUUGGCACCAGACUGGAGGAGAAGUGACUGUUUCUGUGUAUGCUAAAAACUCUGUCCCUGAUCUGAGCUAUGUAGAAGCUAAUAGUACAAUGGUAAAUAUCCAUAUUGUAUUUGAAGGAGAAAAGGAGUUUCAUCGUAGUGUGAAGUUAUGGGGAGUGAUCGAUGUGAAGAGGAGUUACGUGAACAUGACCGCUACAAAGAUUGAGCUCACUAUGAGAAAAGCAGAGCCCCUGCUAUGGGCAAGUCUGGAGUUACCAGCAUCCAAUACACAACAAAAACAGGAGAGUUCGGAUCAAUAACAAUUCCAAGAGACAAGUUAUUUCCCAUGAUGAAGUGGUGACUUGCUACUGUAAUCAAAUAUUUAACUUUUAUAUAGAUUUCUUUUUUUUUUUUAAUCCUAGUUCGUCUGUUCCCUUCUAGAAAGAAAUUUGACGCACAGCAAAUGGGGGUGUAAUCUUGAAAGGGUAGCAGUUAUUUCUGCUCCUGCUCCCAUGGGUAUGUUUAUGCUAGAUGCAAUGUCUCCAUGGGAAUUUAGAGUAAAAUAGCUAUUGCCCUUCUCUUGCAACCUUCCCUACCAUGCACUGACUAUCCCAGUAGAUGUGCUCUCUGUUCACAGUGGGUGUCUUUGUUUUUCAGCUGGUCUCUUUAGACUGGAUGCAUUUGGUAGCCCGUGUUAAAUUCAACAGUUAUGAAGCGUACAGUAAUGCAGAUACAAAAAUCUGACAUUCAUUAGCAUGUAUUUCUACAUCUAGAGUAAAAGGUUACAUAAACAAAUAGGAAGUUGUGUGCUUAUAGACUUUCAUGUUCUGAAACGGAGGUUUCUUUCAAUACCUGUUGGCUUUUGGAGGAAUUAAAUGAACGGUAUUAUUCCAAGGAUUUCAGUACUUGCUGACUCCUGCUGUCUUUCAUGUAUCAAAGCAGAUCAGGUUAAAAUUUUUUAAAAGGUGGCAAGAAGGGAUUUUUUUUUUUACUCUUACAUAUGCUAUUUGAGUAGUUAAAUAUAAAAGCAAAUGGACAGUGAAAUGGCUGUAUAACUUAGCAUUUCAGCUGUGAAAAGUAUGCAAACAGCGAACUAUUGUGAAAUUACCAAAGUGCUGUAUAUAUUUGGCAGCCUUUAGAAUGUAAAGUCUGUCCUAUUUUACAACAUUGAAAAUCUCAAGACUCCUCUCAAAGUAGAUGAAUAUGUGUAGUAGGAGAAGCCAGGACACACUUUAGGUGUCUUGGUAAAACAAUUUCCACAUAGUUGUGUGUAUCUCUUGACUCUGAGGAUGGUCAUCUUAAAAACUGCAGUUGCAUACAGGAAAAAUCUUAGGAGAAACAACAUGCUUUAAAAUCUGUCUCACACUGUAAUUGUACCUUUGAAUCAAAAUAUUUUAAAAGAAUACUGUAUCUUUUGAGCAGACUCUAAUUAGAAAUCAAGGCCUUAGUUUUGUUUUCAGUUCAUCAGUAAAGGUGUGUGGCUGAAAACAGGAUAGCUGUAAUUUUUAUUUUUUUUUUUAAUCCAGGGAGCAACACACAGUAACGUUACUUUUUAUUUCUGAUUUGAAUAGUUUCUUAAUUUUGGCUUGCAGCUGAAAUAAAAAUGUUUUCCUAUUAAAGUAAUAAAAAAUGCACCAUUAUUUAUUGUGCCUAAUCCUGUAUAUGUAAACAGGAGGUCUUGUGGACUGUUAAAAUGCAUGGAUGCUCAUCUGCCAGCCUUGGCAGACCUGGAAUAGUAUCAGGAGAAACAAGGGUGUAGUAAAGGCAUUCUGAAGUGAAAUACAGGUUUCUAAGAAUCUUGCUGCUUUCCAGUAGGUAUGAUUUGACUCAGAUUUGUCUCUAACAGUACUUGAAGUCCUACUUCAUGCUUACAGUAGUAGGAAAUACAUUACCAAAGAAACCAUCCCUGAACACCAAGAAGGUAACACUGGUGAUACAAAUAUAUAUAUAUAUAUAUUUAUAUAUGUGUGUGUAUAUAUAUAUUUAUAUAUAUAUUUUUAUAUAUAUAUGUGUAUAUAUAUGUACACAUAUGUAAAAUUGUUUUGGUGCUUCUCUACCCUCAUUUCAUGAUCCAUUGUCCUCAAUUACUUAGUUUGAGCAUGCUUGAAUGCUCCCUUGGGCCUUUUAAAAAAGUUCAGCUCUAAGUUCUUCUGUAUAGAUUGUGUUAACUUCUAAUAAUGCCUUUUUUUUCCUCUUUUUUUUUUUAAUCUGAAAAUGUGAAGUACUGCAAAGUGAUAAGGGUACAAGCUUAUAAAUUACCUGCCAGGUGGCCCUGUGAAAAUUGAACAGAUGUUCCUUGAUGUGUUCUGAACCAACAAGUGGAGUACUUACUAGUGUGACACAGAACAUCAGUGGAUGAAAAAUUCUAGGUAGCUGUAGCUACUAGCAUGCCAUCUGUGUUUGUGGGUGCAGAACUCUGAACUUGGACAGCAAAAUUAGUAAAGCUUAAAUGCCAGGAUAAAGUUCUUGUUUAACAAGCAAGUUCAAAUAUGUCUAUCCAUAUGGAUAUAUAAAUAUCCUAAAUAUGUUAAACAUGGAAAACAUAUUUUCUCUUAAUUUGCAUCCUCAUGUGCAUUAGGUUUAUGUAAUGUAAAACCUGUUUUAAAGAAUGACAUGGAAAAUGGAAUUCCUUGGGAAAACCAUAUCUGUUUUUAAGUAAGUCGUAUUCUGCCUUAGUGCACUAAAAACCUAAAUGGAGGGAAAUAUGGAUGAAUGGGCUGUCUCACGUGAAUGCUGCAGGCUUUGGGAUCCUCUAACUACUUGUAUCACUCUUUCAAGCUGUGUUCUGCUGAUAGCUUAGUCACCCUGGCCAUAAGUGGGAGAAAGCUCCUGUAAACACAGUCCCCAGUUUUGCUUUUUUUUCAUUCCUCCCCCUCUUCUCCUGUUGUUCAUACUUUCAGCACAAAGCUAAAGAUACGUCAGGUGUUCUAUAAUGACUCCCCAGUCAGGUGCAAUACAGCCACUUUUAAAGCUUACAUGUUUAAAAAAGCAAGCAAACAAAUUAAAGAAUCCAUGAAAACCCCACCAGCUUUGGUCAAGCAAGAAGGUAUAGCCUGUACAAUAACAGCAGAGUUUCUGUGGUCUGGGAUGCUUUUCAGAAUAAAAGUAUAAACCUUCAGAUGGCCUUGACUGCCAUAAACUGUUUAACUGCAGCAAUUCUUAGCAGUGUUUUAUAACCAUAUGUCUGCAUCUGUCCUGAAGCUGCAAGAGCUGUGUCACUCACUGAAUUUGUGUGUUUUGAGCAGUUGCUUACAACAGGCUUCAACACACCAGGUUGUUCCUGGUGUUUCAUGCAAUGACAUCUUGACAUGCAUAGUGAUAGCAGACACUUUGAUGGAAUGUUGGCUUGGCUAUAACUUUUAUUAGUAAGUGUGGAGAGAAGGUAAGGCCAACUGUGGUGUACUAAACCAAUCAUGAUGGAUACUUUGCCAAAAGCAAGAUUUGUCAAGUAAGCCAAGUGAUAUUUGAUCACAGGCAUUCGCCUGUCUAAUAAUGACACUAUAUUGCAAACCAGUAUGAACAGGAAUACUCGGUGUCGAAGUCAUCCUUUUUCCAUGCACUCAGAUCUUGUGCUAUAUUUAUCAAAUUAAGUUGAUACAGUCUAACUAUAUUUUUAUAAAUAAGUGUUUAAGAGCUGUAGUGUGUUUCAGUGUGGAUUUAUGUGUUACACAUGUAGACAAGCACGUUACAUGACUCAGAGCUGACUGUACAGGUGCAUAUAAAACUUCACCUCCACGAUCCCUUUAUAAUAUGAAGAAUUGCAUGGUUAUACAAGUUUACUACAGAAAUCUUAAUCUUUUCCCUCAUGUAUAAGCCCAUUUUUCCUAUCUAACAUAUUUCGUACCUAACAUUACAUCCCAGGUAAAAAGUGAUAGGAUGAGAAGAAGCAGCCUCAAGUUGUGCCAGGGGAGGUUUAAAUUGGAUGUUGGGGAAAACAAUUUUCAUGGAAGGGGUUGUCAGGCAUUAGAACAAUCUGCCCAGGGAAGCAGUGCAGUCACCAUGCCUGGAGGUGUUUAAAAAAACAUGGAUAUGGCACUUAAGGACAUGGGUUAAUGGUGGACAUGGUGGUGGUGCUACCUUGGUAGUUGGUGAUCUUAGAGGUUUUUCCAAUCUUAACAAUUCUAUUAUCUUGUAUCUGUAACAGCAUUUCUUGGAGGAAUUGGAAUUUAUGUGAAAACACUGCUAAGCACAGGGCUGAUCUGCUACUUUGACUUUAGGUGCUGAUACAACUUGACAAAAAAAUCUUUCAUUGGAUGGUAUUAUGGACUGUGUACUUUAUCAAGUCACCAUUUCAGUAGUUUAGGAAUUAGUUUUACUAGGAAUUUUGCCUUGGAAAAAAAAUAUACCUAUUCUACAUAAUGAUGCAUUUUUGGCUUGCAUUCUUUAAACAUGGCAUGAGUAUCAAUGAAAUACUGUAUCUGUUAAUGAUAGGUCUUUCCCAAUUUGCUACUAAAUUUUUUUUAUUUCUGUUCAGGAAGGAGAUCCUUUUUAGAGUAAUGAGUUAUGUGUCUGGAACACUGUUUAAGGGUGGUAAGAAUUUUGCCAUUAUAAGAGUCUUGCAUUACAGUUGAAGAGGAGAUGACUUCUCGCAUGGCUGUUUGAUUCUGCACAUUCACAAAACUUACACGCAGAAAUUAAUCUCAUGUCUUCAUGCUCUAGUUUUUUUCUUAAUGUAUCCAAUAAAAUUCUUAUUACAUGCUGGUUGCA